CCAUGAUUAGACAUGCUGUCUCGCCGCGACGCUGCGGCCCCGCCCUGGGCCGCCUCUUUGCUUCAACGGCUGCGGAGCCGCUCGCGCCCGCCACAACGUGCGUGCGGCAGGGCCACGAGCUCGACGUCUCGAAGCUGCUGCCCCUCCUCGCGGACGCCGGCGCGAUCUGGUCGGCCGCCGAGAAGGUCGCCGUGUCUCAGUUCUCGCACGGUCAGUCGAACCCGACGUACCUGCUGUCGUUCGAGGCGGGUCCGCGACUGGUGCUCCGCAAGCAGCCGCCUGGCAAGCUCCUCCGCGGCGCCCACGCCGUCGAUCGCGAAUUCCGCUGCAUGUCGGCGCUCGGCGCGACGGCGGUGCCGGUGCCCGCGAUGCGGAUGUUCUGCGACGACCCCGAGGUGCUCGGCACGCCCUUCCUGGUGUGCGACUACGUCUCUGGCCGCUUCUUCGACGACCCGAAGAUGGGCACCGCCGCCUCGCCCCAGGAGCGCAGCGCGCUGUACGGCAGCUUCCUGUCUGCGAUCGCCGCGUUGCAUACUGUUGACUACAAGGCGGCCGGGCUUGGCGACUUUGGGAAGGAGGGAGGCUACGUGGCGCGGCAGACGAAGGUGUGGACGUCGCAGUACCGUGCCGCGGAGACGGAGUCCAACGCCGCUUUUGAGAAGCUGCUCGCGUGGCUGCCGGAGGCGCUGCCCGCCGGCGACGACGCGCUGACCACGCUUGUGCAUGGCGACUUGCGCGUCGACAAUUGCAUCUUCGCGCACGAUUCGCCCGAGGUGGUCGCGAUGCUCGACUGGGAGCUGGCGACGCUCGGCGACCCCGCCACCGAUCUGGCGCUCGCCACGCUGCCGUACGACACGCCGACGGCAUGGCCAAAGGCGUUCUCCGGCUUUGGUGCCGAUCCGGCGGCGGCGGGCAUCCCGGCGGAGCAGGCGCUGGUUGACGCGUACGUCAGCGCGACCGGCCUCACCUCCGUCGCUUCGCACCUCGACUACUACCGCGCCUUUUGCUGCUUCCGCAUGGCCUCCAUCCUCCAGGGCGUGUACAAGCGGUCGCUCGACGGGCAGGCGAGCUCCGCCGACGGCUCGAAGUGGGGCAAGAUGGCGGGCGCCGUGGCGGGGCUGGGCGUCGACAUUGCCGAGCGGUACGAGCGUUCGCCCGACCGCCUCACGCGCACCGCCGGCGCCGGCGCCGCGUUUGCCUCCACGGCGCCCGCCUCGGCCUCCGCCGCAAGGGCGCCCGCCGCUGCGGGUGCGGCCGGGGCGGCGAUGGGGGAGGCGGAGUACGAGGCGCUCAAGGGGCGGCUGAUCGAGUUUAUGCACGCCGAGAUCUACCCGAACGAGCAGGAGUUUGCGCGGCAGAACCACGCGUUUGCAGACAAGACGGAGUGGGUGCACCCUCCGCUGCUGGUGGAGCUGAUGGCCAAGGCAAAGGCGGCGCGGCUCUGGAACCUCUUCCUGCCAGUGGACAGCGCCCUGCUGGUGGAUGGGAGGCACGGCGCCGGGCUGACCAACCUGCAGUACGCCGACCUCUGCGAGAUCAUGGGCACGUCCAUCCACGCUGAGAUGGCGGCGCAGGCGACAAACACGACCAGCCCGGACACGGGCAACAUGGAGACGCUGGCGCGGUUUGGCAGCGACGAGCAGAAGGAGCGGUGGCUCAAGCCGCUUCUCGAGGGCAAGAUCCGCUCCUGCUUCGCGAUGACGGAGCCGGACGUCGCGUCGAGCGACGCGACCAACAUUUCCAUCUCCAUCCGCAAGGAGGGGGGCGACUACGUCAUCAACGGCCGCAAAUGGUGGUGCACCGGCGCGGGCUCGCUGCACACGCAAAUCAUGAUUCUGAUGGGCAAGACGGACCCGGAAAACCCGAACCUCCACCAGCAGCAGUCCAUGCUCCUCGUGCCGAUGGACACGCCCGGCAUCCGGCUCGUGCGGCCGCUGACCGUGUUUGGCGACGCCGACCCGCCAAAGGGCCACAUGGAGAUCGCGUUCGAGGACUGCCGUGUGCCGCAAUCCGCCAUCCUCUGGGGCGAAGGCAAGGGCUUCGAGAUUGCGCAGCGGCGGCUGGGCCCCGGCCGCAUCCACCACUGCAUGCGCGCCAUCGGCCAGGCCGAGCGCGCGCUCUCGCUCAUGUGCGCGCGCGCCGAGUCGCGCGUCGCCUUUGGCAAGCCGCUCGCCAAGCGCGACACCGUCAUCGACGGCAUCGCGAAGUGCCGCGCCGACAUCGACGGCAUGCGGCACCUCGUGCGCGAGGCGGCGCAGCUGAUGGACACGCGCGGCAACACGGACCGCGAGACGCGUCGCCUCCUCUCGAUCGUCAAGGCGCUCGUGCCCAAGACGGUGCAGCAGAUCGCCGACCAAGCGAUGCAGGUGCACGGCGCGGCGGGCAUCUCCUCCGACACUCCGCUCGCCUCGAUCUUCGCCUCGGCGCGCCUGCUGCGCUUCGCCGACGGGCCGGACGAGGUGCAUUGGCGCAAGGCGGGACAGCUCGAGCUGCAGUCACAACGCGACUCGCGGCUGCGCGGGCUCGGCCUCUACACGCCCGCGCGCAACGAGGGCGAGCCCUUCUUCCGGUACACGAACGACCCGAUCAGCGCCGAGAGCCGCGAGGCGAUCGAGCGCUUCGAGGCCCUCAUGUCGGAGUGACUAUAUAGAGAUAUUGAGUUGCG